AUGCAUGGCCACGACCACGAAGGCAUGUCGGAGCGCACACGACACCAGCACGCAACCACAGACGAGGCCGAAGAGGCCCAGGCGAACAAGUCGAAGAAAAUGGAGAAGAUGAUCACGCCAUACCUCGCCCAGCACAUUCCCCAACAAUAUAACCCCCUCGGCGCCAACAGCCCAGGCCAGGACGAGCGUCCACGCACUGCCAACACCAAGUUCUGCUAUCGACACCGUCCCGACUUACUCUGUCGACGGCAAGCAGACGAGCCUUCCAUGGAACAACUGCAAGAACAACUCGGCAGAGAGUCCCAGGCCGACCAGCAGAGCAUUGCCAACGUCUGGUCGCUCUUCUCCGCGGCUCCCUCCCGCCAUCGCAACCUCAUGCUGCAGGGCAUUCUCGCCCAGUGCUGCUUUCCUCAACUCUCCUUCAUAUCCUCCUCCGUCCGAAACCUCAUUAAGAUCGACUUUCUCGGCGCACUGCCCACCGAAUUGGGCUUCAAGAUCCUCUGCUACCUCGACACCACCUCGCUCUGCAAAGCCUCCCAGGUCAAUCGGCGGUGGAGACAACUGGCUGACGACGACGUCGUCUGGCACAAAAUGUGCGAGCAGCACAUUGACAGGAAAUGCACAAAGUGCGGCUGGGGACUCCCGCUGCUCGACCAACGUCGCUUGCGCCAUGAGAAGCGACGGAUACAACUGCGCGCAUCGGGGCGGGGGCUCAACGAAUGGUCGCCAAACAUCACCCCACAGCCCGAGACCUCACCCGACACACUCGCUCAUCGAUUAUCCCAAGGCCCCGACCCCGACCCCGCUGCCAGCACCAAGCGCUCUGUACCAGACGACGAUUCUUCCCCAGAAGUUUCGAACAAACGACCAUGCACCAGCCUCCAAGCAGGUCAGGACCAAGUCACAUCAUACUUUGAUCAUCCUAAGAAGCGACCAUGGAAGGAUGUCUACAAGGAUCGCUACAAGGUUGGGAGCAAUUGGAAGUAUGGGCGCUAUUCGACACGCAUAUUCAAGGGCCACACCAACGGCGUCAUGUGCCUGCAAUUUGACGAUCAAGUCCUCAUCACCGGCUCCUACGAUGCCACGAUCAAAGUCUGGGACAUCAAGACGGGCCAAGAGAUUCGCACCCUCACAGGCCACACCCAAGGCAUCCGAUGUCUGCAGUUUGAAGACAGCAAACUGAUCACCGGCAGCUUGGACAACACGAUCAAGAUAUGGAACUGGCGGACAGGCCAACUUGUCAAAUCCAUGAACGGCCACAGUGAUGGUGUAAUUGGCCUCCACAUGGCAGACAAACUCCUAGCAUCCGGAUCUUCAGACAACACCAUCAUGGUGCACGACUUCAGCCACAUGAAGCGCACCACCUUACUAGGCCACACAGACUGGGUCAACGCCGUCAAAAUAGACCUCCCCUCGCGCACCCUCUUCUCCGCCUCCGACGACAUGACCGUCAAGCUAUGGGAUCUCGACACCCACCGCUGCAUCAAGACGUACGAAGGCCACGUCGGCCAAGUCCAACAAGUGCUGCCCCUCCCGCAAGCCUUCGAAAUCGACGAAGACGACUUCGUCGCAAACGCAAACAACGACACAUCCGAUACCGCCUCCCUAGCUUCUGAUAGCGCCCCGCCUCUCGCCCAUACCUCGUCUUCUUCCUCUCACCACCACAGUCACCCCGAAGAACCAAGUUUCUUCCCCGACGACCCCUCCCGUCCGUCUCCGCCCUCAUACAUGCUCACCGGCUCUCUCGACGGCACCAUUCGUCUCUGGCACGUACCUUCUGGUCGCUGUGUCCACCGCUUCUUUGGCCACGUCGAGGGCAUCUGGUCGCUUGCCGCCGAUUCACUUCGACUGGUCAGCGGAGCUGAGGACAAGACGAUUAAGAUCUGGGAUCCCCGGACGGGCAAACACGAGAGGACGCUUACGGGUCAUACGGGUCCCAUCACUUGCGUGGGCCUGAGUGACGAGAGGGUCGUCAGUGGGAGUGAAGACGGUACCGUUCGUGUGCAUUGUUUUACCCCUGAGGGCGCAUAG